UUCUUCUUUUUCUUGGAUUUGAUGAAGACCCUGAAAACAGCUAAAAUCAGAGUGUCCGUCAUUGGGCUGUGGGCAGAGGUUCGGGUUUGCGCUGCACUUGCUCGGGAAACUGGAGGCACGUACCAUGAGAUUUUAGAUGAAAGCCACUACAAAGAAUUGCUAACGCAUCAUGUUAGUCCUCCUCCUGCCAGCUCAAGUUCUGAAUGCUCCCUUAUUCAUAUGGGAUUUCCUCAGCAUACCAUUGCUGCUUUGGCUGAUCAAGAUGCAAAACCUUCUUUCAGCAUGGCGCACCUGGAUAGCAGUUCUGAACCAGGACUUGCAUUAGGAGGCUAUUUCUACCCACAGUGUUGGGCAAAGUACUGUGAGCUUCCUGUUGAAUGUAAAAUAUGUGGUCUUACUUUGGUCUCUGCUCCCCACUUGGUGUGGUCGUAUCAUCAUUUAUUUCCCUUGGAUGCUUUUCAAGAAAUUCCCCUAGAAGAAUAUAAAGGGGAAAGAUUUUGUUAUGGAUGUCAGGGGCAACUGAAGGACCAACAUGUCUAUGUGUGCACUGUGUUCCAGAAUGUAUUUUGUGUGGACUGUGAUGUUUUUGUUCAUGACUCUGUCCACUGUUGUCUUGGCUGCAUUCAUAAGAUUCCAAUUCCUUCAGUUCCUCCCCUAAAACUCUGCUCCCGUUACCGGAGAAGCACAGGGCAUCUUCCCUUAAGAUGCACCCUCUCAUUCUUUCUUCAGCCAGCGCUCUCCCUCCAGGAACCAGGACCUGGGGACCGUCCAAUUGAAAAUGAGCGCCCUGGACGAGGCGGAGAAGAGGAUCUCCAGUUUGACUAGGCCUGGCCCCGGAAAUGUGGGCGCUCCUGGGCGUGGACGCCGUGGCCUUGCUGAAGCUGCAGGAGGAGGAGCACAGAGAGCGGGCGGAUGAGCGAGGGCUGCAACCCCAGACGCGCAGCGAGGCCGCCGGCCGAGGACCGUCGCCACCUGCCACUGUACAGCUCCUGGACGCCGCAGGACAUGGCAGCAGCAGGCUUUUACUGCACUGGGUGAAGCCCAAGUCCGGGUUCAGUGCUUCUGCUGCAGCUUGGUCCUCUCCGGCUGCAGCUGCGGGAGGGUCCCCGUGGAGCAUCGCAGGGAGUUCCACCCCGGCUGCCAGUUCCUGCUGGGCAGGGACGUGGGAAACAUGGGCAAGUACGAUGUGCGGGUGAAGACCCCAGUGGAGGAGCCGAGCGGUGGCCGAUGAGGUACCGCGAGCAGGAGGCCAGGCUCGUGUCCUUCCAGGACUGGCCCUUCUGCGUCCACGCAGUGUCCCCGCGGGGCCUCGCAGCUUCUGGCUUGGUCUUUACAGGUAACUUGAAAUCAUCUCCUACAGGGCUUCUCCCCAAGUUUUAACUUGAGGUUCCAUGCUUUGGUUGCUCUUGAGCUGCUUUGUGAAUCCUUCGUUGCUUGUUCAAUGUGUUAUAUUAGACAAAAAUCUGUUUUGUUAAAAUUCUGCUUCAAGCAGAGUGUGGUGGUACAGGCCUGUAAUCCUGCACUUGCAAGGCUGAAACAGGAGGAUUGCCCAGAAUUUUAAGCCAGUCUGGGCUACACAGUGAGUUAAAAGCCAGCCUGGACUACACAGCAUGACCCUGACUCAAUAAAUAAAUAAAUAAACAAACAAAAAAAAGCAAGCAACCCCCCCCAAAAUUCCACUUCAGUAAUUUUUCUUGAUGUUUUGUGCACCUUGUGUUACUUCGUCAAAGGUAUAUAAAACUAGAAGACUAUCUUUCCAUAUAUAGGGUCCUUCGGUGACACAGACUGUGUUCUUUAGGCCCUAAUACUGCUGUUCAAUCCAGUCUCCUCAUGAAUGAGGAGCUCUUCACUGCUCUCACAUAAGCUUUCUUUGAUUUUUAAAAUUCCUACAGGUUUUGAAGGUUUUUUAAAAUCAAUCUCUCUGUCUCUGUAUCUCUGUCUCUCUGUCUGUCUCUGUCUCUCUCGGUACAGGGGAUCGAACACAAUGUCACAAUUGCCAGGCAGGUGCGUGUGCCGCUGAACUCCGUCCCGGCGCCUGUGUGUUGAUGUCUUGGCCUCACCAUGGAUGGUGACAGGAGACCGAGGCUUCCUAAGAGCGACCGUGGCUUACUGAGCGGCUGCUUCAUGCGAGGCACGGAUGAACUCUAAUUCCGCACCAUUUGCCCCUUUCUUUCCCAAGUCAGAGUUGUUUUCAUCAAGAUUCAGAGAUCUUUCAGUUUUUGUUUUCACCAAGAAUCAAAAAAAGGGCCUGCAUUUUACAGAAGCAGCGUGGAGAAACUAACAGCGAGGGUUUGCAGCUGCGGAGCUCAGUGGACUGGAUGUGCGCAGGCGGGGGCUCGCGGGGCGCAGCAGGGCUGACCGGGUGGCCAAGCGCUCCUGGAGGAACAGCACGCGGGGCAGCUGGGCCCUGAGGAGAGCUGUCACCUCCGGGAGCCCCUCAGGGCCGCUGCUGGCCCCUGAGCCGCUGUCCUGUGUCCACAGGUCACAGGGACACCGUGCAGUGCUUCUCCUGCAGCGGAUGCUUAGGAAACUAGGAAGAAGGGGAUGACCCCUGGCAGGAACAUGCCAGGUGGUUUCCCAAGUAAGUGCUUGCGUGUUUUUCUGCUAACACUGGUCAGGUCUGCUGUUGUGUUGUGCUUUUUUCCUUUGUUUGUGUCAUUUUGCUUUGUUGGUUUUACCUGGCAGUGCUGGGGAUUGAACCCCGGGGAUGCUCUACCACUGAGCCUUUUCAUUUUAUAUUUUAAUUUUGAGACAGGGCCUUACUAAGUUGCCAAGGCUAGGAUCAAACUUGGAGUCCUCUAGCUUCAGCCUCCUCAGUAGCUGUGAUUACAGGUGUGUAGAAACACACCCCUCUACGUUUUUUAGUUUUUAUAGAGACAAAGACAAAGAACCUUGCUGAGUAUCCACUUCGGGUUGAAUUACUCUCUCUCCAAAAUCGGACCACCCAGAAUUAUCCAGGUGGAAGAGGCCUAUUUAUACCAUGAGAAGGUUGAAGUUUGUGACCCUAAACAGUUUUUGAACAUUGUUUUAUUAUGCCAAAUACCAAGGUAUAUUUUGCCAGGUAGAAGUUUCCAUGAUUCACCUUAUUAGGAAGAUACUUUGCAUAGGCCUAAUGAACGGUGACUGAAAAGGAAGUUAGAAAGUAAGUAAAAUGUGUAAGACAUUACAGCUCGGCUGGACAUGGUAGCACAUGUUAAGAAGCUGAGGCAGGAGGAUUGCCAGAAGUUUGAAGUCUGAGGCCAGUCUGGACUACAUAGUGAGGUCAAGAUCAGCCUGCACUAUGUAGCAAGACCUUGUGUCAAGGAAAAAAAGAAAAAAGAAAAAAACCCUCCCAACACAGCAAAACAACAACAAAACUUACAGCUAAGUGUGGCAGCACAUGCCUGUAAUCUCAGCACUGGGGAAGCUGAGGCAGGAGGAUUUUGCCUUAAGUUUAAGACCAGCCUGGCUGGACAUAAUCAGUUCAAGAUGAGCCUGAAUAACAUAGUGACUCUAUCUAAAAGUAAAAUAAAAUAAAAUAUUAUUAUAAAUCAUUUUACACACUUGUGAAAAUGCUCUGAAUGAAAAUGUUUUCUAUCAGAAACUCAGCUUUUAUUACUACAGUGGUCUUUAAGUUCCCUGCUUACAAAAGAAAACUCUUAGCCAGAUGUGAUGCAUGGCUGUGGUCCUAGCACUUGGGAGGCUGAGGCAGGCAGAUCACUGAGUCUGAAUCCAGCCUAGCUACAUAGUGAGACCCUGUCUCAAAAGAGAGAAAGAGAGAGAGAAUAAAAUGUAUUUAUUUUUUAUAUUUUGACUAUUUUUAAUACUAUCAUUACUAGUAUCUUCUACAUGACUUUGUUUGUACCACAUAUAGAUCAGUUUAGUAAAUUUUUAAGCUUUAAUUGUGGAGAGAAUAAUAUAGUGAAUGUUUGUUUCAACACAUGGCCAAAUCAUAUGUCGCCCACCUUUCUCCCCCUGGAAUUAAUAUUAGCCAGAUUAUUGUAAAGCCAACCCCAGCUAGCUCAUAUUAUUAUUUUAGUACAUAACUAAUUGCUAAGAAUAUGUCUUAAAAACCAUAACUACAAUAUCACUAAGUCUUCUUGAAACAUACCAACCGAGUCAGAGCUCCAGCGCCCCCACCCUCUCUCUUUCUCUUGCAGUUUUUACUCAUCACCUUCACCAUCUCCCCCACCCAUUAAUUCAGGAAAGAAUCUAAAUUCUCUGCCAUGUAAAGUUGCCUGUUCUCCAGAUUUGGCUGACUGUGUUUCUGUGACACAAGUUAGUAUUUCCUACUUUUUUUUUUUUUUUUGAGACGGGUCCCACUAUGUAGUUCAAGUUGGCCUUGGACUCACUGUGUAACCUAGGUGGCCUCAAAAUCAUGGCGAUCCUUUUGUCUCAGCCUCCUGACUGCUGGGAUUAUAGAUGUGCACCACUACACUGGGCUGUGUUCCUCUAGUUUCUCUGUUCCAAUAACCUGACCCUUGGAUUAGUUGUUUGACCAGGUUCAGGUUCUCUUUUCUUGAACAACCUCUGUCUACUGCUUGUGAGAAAGUUGCUGGUUAGAUUCUGGAUCAGCCCUACAAGGACUGGGCAGGUAUUUACAUCUGUAAGUCAUCUUGUACUGGGCACCCACGCAAACAAAAAGGGAGGGUAACUAUGAUAGGCUAAGUAGAAAAAGCAACAUGAACUAUAACAGAUGUAUCGAAGCCUUUUAAAAUAACUAGGUGUGGUGGCGCGCACACUUGUAAUCCCAGUUGUUUGAGUGGCUGAUGUAGGAGCAUCAGAGCUUCAGGGCCUGCCUGGGCAAUACAGCAAGACCUGACCUCAAAAGAGGAGACAAAAAGGGGCUGAGAUAUGUGUAGGUCAGUGGUACAGCUCUUGUCUAAACUACAGGAGGCUCUGGGUUUAAUUCCCAGCACUGUAAAAACAAACAAACAUGCAAACAAAAAACAUUGUAAUGCCUCAGAUUAGAUAAGGUCUUGUUUGAAAAUCUGUAGAAUAAAUUAUGAAACAAUAGAUAUUAUAGGUUGGUUUUGUGAGUUGGGGGGGAGAUAAUCUUCAGAUUUACUUUUAAAUAAUCACACAUGUUAUUGCUGAUAAGAAUAGUAACUCUCAUCAAAACAGUGACAGUUCUCAAAGUAGGUUUAGUGGUAAAACAUUUUGACAGUUUUAUAGAAGGGUGACUUCAACAUGUUCAUUAUGUUUAAUGUAAUCCACAACAUUUAUGUCACAGUGUAAAGUUUAAUUACAUUUUAAAUUACAGAUGUGAAUUUCUUCAAAGAAGUCCUCAGAGGAAACUGCUCAGUAUAUUCAAAGCUACCAGGGAUUUGUUGGCGUGACGGUAACAUAAAUGAGAAUUAUUUCCUCAGUCUGUCUUUUUUGAUUGCCUAGUACCUGAAUCCCAAGUGGAGAGGCAUUCUUUUUAUGUUGUGAGUUUUUUCUUCUUUCCUUUCUCUUUGGAUUCUUCUGCCUUUCAUCUGCAGAGUAGUUAAAGAAAAGAAAAUGAUCUUUUACAUCCUUUUGCUACUCCAGAGCACUUAGCAGUCCCUUUUCUAGGGACUGGAGAAAGCUGACCUUUGACACCUCUGCCUGUCCUUCUGAUCAUCACUCUGCAGCUGAGGCCAUGCUCCUGGCACCUCUGCUGCUAGUAAGGUGCCCUGGCCUGGCAUCACUACCACUGAGGGCUCCUGCUGGGACUUUAACCUGCAGCAGUCAGGGUUACAGGAAGUGAGCAGAAACCCAGGUCAAACUGGCUAAAACUACAAAGAUUUAUUGGCUAUGUGAAUUAGAAGACCAAAACCCUGUAAAGAGUAUGGGCUGAAUGCCAAGCAUGGUGGCACAUGCCUGGAAUCCCGGCACUCAGCAGACUGAGGCAGAAGGAUCGCUAUUUGAGGUCAGCCUGUGCUAUAUAGUGAAUUCAAGGCCAGCUUGGACUUGAGACCCUGUCUCAAAAAAAAAAAAAAAAAAAAAUAGAACAAAACAACAACAUGCAUGAAAAGUAGAGGAGGAAGAAAUCUGGGUGCAGUUAUCUCAGAGGGAUUAGUUGCUCAGUAUAUAACUCUUCUGAGUUCACUUUCCUUGUUAGAUCUUUCUUAAUCAAAAUUCUGUGGUAUCAAACGCAGUUCUGUUUGUAAGCUGUGAAAGGGGCCUUCAGGAAGUUUCCUCCUGAGUUCGGGUAAACAUUUCACUGCUGUUGUUUUAAACUGCAUUAAAAACAUUUUCUAGCUGGGUGCCAUGCAUUUGUAAUCCCAGCGCUCUGGAAGGCUGAGGCAGGAGGAUCAAAAGUUGAGCCUAGCCUAGAAAUUUAACAAUUUAGUGAAACUUUGUCUUAAAAUUUUAAAAAGGGGAAGGGAGAUAACUCAAUGCAAAGGCCUGGGUUCAACUUCCAGUUCAAAAAAUUUUAAAAAUUCCCUAAUUCAAUUAAGGAUAUGCUUCUUUAACAACUCUGCUAUUCUGCCUAACGAAACUGUUCAUGGCAGGAGAAGAAUGGUUUCAGGUCUUAUUCCUAGAUAGGUGUGUAUCAACUAAGCUAAACAAUUAGUAAUAUAUAUUUAUUUUUCCUCAGGGAGAACAUUUUGUGAAUUCCUGGGUCAAAAGAGAAUUACCUGUGGCAUCAGGUAAAAACGCAGGCGUAUUCCAAAGGCUUUGCUUGUUUAUUUCUUCUUUUGCUUUCUUGCUCCCCAUUGUGUUCCAUGUUCUUGUUUGGUACUGAGGACUGAAGCCACAGCUGCAGCCACCAGCCUUUUUAUGUUUUGGGACAGGGCCGUGGAAGCUGCUCAGUGGCCCAGGGAACUAUUUAGACCUAAACUACAAGUUUCUAUUAGAUUAGACAGAUUAGGUUAUAUAUUUUCCUAACAUUAAAAUUCCUAUCAUUAUUUAAAUGUUCAUAUGAGAGUUCGAUCCCAGUAUCAAAAAUAAAGAAGUAAAUAAAUAAAUAAAUGUUCAUGAGUCUGACCUAAAAGCACCUAAUUCACUAUCAGAUAUCAGCGCAGGAGAAAGUGCAACUUGCACUGAGGGAUUGUUGUCACAAAGCCUCCUACUCAGGCCAGUGGAAGGAAACUGCAGCUUGCAACAGGACUCCUUACCCUUUGUGCCUAAAACUUCUGGACAGAAAAAUAACUUUUUAUUGUUAGUCGAAGGUUAUUUUUUAAUAUACAAAAAUGUUAUUCAAAUGCAAAACAAUCCUGUUUCCAUGUGACUACUUAGGUCUUCAAAUCUGCACACAAAAGAGAACCAGAAAAAAAGAGAAGCUGUGAUUUCUAAACACAAUUUAAAAAACAACUACAAAAAAAACCCCAGCCAGGCAUGGAAGAACACACCUGUAAUUCUAAUGUUCCAUAGAGGCCGAGGCAGGAGUCUAGUCAGGAGUUCAAGGCCAGUCUGAGCUACAAAGCAAGACCCUGUCUCAAAAUAACAUAACAUAACAUGUCAUGACACCAAACAAAACAAAGUAAGAUAAAAUAAAAAUUAACAAACAGGGCCAGAGAUAUGGCACAGUGCCUGUCUAGCAGGCAUGUAAUCCUGAGUUUAAUCACCAAAACCAAAAAACUAAUAAAAUAAAUAAAAACACUAUUCAUCACCACUCUUAAUACAAAAAAAUUAUAAAUUAUUUCCCUAAUUCCAGAAGCCUACACACACACAUACCAACCUGUCCUUAAUUAAAUUCCUUACUUUGCUACAGUCACUCUGAAUGCUAAUUUUCAUUAAUUUUAAAUGAUUAGCAGUAGCAGGUAACAUUUACUGAAGUGUCCAUAUGCCAGGAUCUGACAUAUGACAAGCAUUUCUAUUAGUCCUACUUAAUCAGUGAAGCAAGAAAGCUUUGAGGUUCAAGAGACCUGACCACAUCGCACCACUAGCAGGGUCAGAAGAACUGAACCCAGGCAAUCAGCUAUACCUUCCAAUGUAAUUAUUUUUAUUCCAUAUGCAAAAUCAAGUAUCAGUGGAUUACAUCGUGGUUAUACAAAAUUUACGUUUGUAAAAUCAUAACCCGUUCUUGGUUUAUUCCAUAUUGUACCAGAAAGAGCACUGGAAUUGAAUUUCUGUGACCCUGGUUCCCAGGUCAGUUCCACCCCCUCUUUAGCUUUUCCAGGGAAGUACUGCACUUCCUCUCUUCAGGCUUGGGUGUGCCCACUGGUAAUGUGAUUCAGUCAGACAAGAUAAUCCUAAAACCUUUUCACCUCCAAAAGCUUCUCAUGCGUUUGUUCAAAGUCCUGCUAAAUCUAAGGCUACAUAACAACUAGGGUUAUGAUGGUUCUGCUCCAGUUUAAAGAGACAAGUGAAGUGGUUAAGAUAUAGGUUAAGAUAAAUCCUUCAAUUCUUUCUGUUUUUUUGUUUGUUUUUAAGCUUCUGUUCUAUGUUAUAUAAGUGUAAAGCUGUCAGAUCAAAUUUUGUCAAGCACUUUAUGCUCUGCCCAUGAGAAACCAAAAGGCCUAACUAGAUUCUACAUGACUGAGAAAGAUUAAUGUAGCCUUAGCCAAAUCAUCAAAAUAUUGCCACAAAUGGAAUGAAGUGUAAAAAGUGUCCAAAUUAAUUUAUGAAUUAAGAUGCUAUUAAGAAAAAUUUGAAAAUUAAGUUGGAAAAUAAAUUUCUAUCACUAUGA